GUCCAAACAGCACUGAUCCGCGCGUGGAGACAACAGUCGUCCAUCGUGCCAAUUUUUAGGGUUUAAGAACCGCAACUCAGAGAGAGAGAGAGAGAGAAUCAUCGCCGAGAUGGUGGAGACGGAGGUGCAGCCAACAAUGGAAGACCUCGAGAGGAAGAAGAAGAAGGAAGAGAAGGCAAAAGAGAAAGAAUUGAAGAAACUUAAGGCGGCACAAAAAGCAGCCAAAUUUCAGGCACAACAAGCAUCCAAUGCCCCUAAAAAGAGUGAACGAAAGAACUUGAAGCGAGAUGCAGAGAAAGAGAAUGCUGAGGAUUUUGUUGACCCAGAAACUCCAUUCGGCAAGAAGAAACUACUUUCUCGUCAAAUGGCAAAACAGUACAGUCCUACUGCAGUAGAAAAAUCAUGGUAUGCAUGGUGGGAGGAAUCAAGCUUCUUUGUGGCUGACGCUCGCAGCUCCAAGCCUCCAUUUGUAAUUGUUCUACCACCUCCAAAUGUGACAGGGGCCCUUCAUAUAGGCCAUGCUCUUACUUCAGCUAUAGAGGAUACAAUUAUUCGCUGGCGGAGAAUGUCCGGAUACAAUACGCUGUGGGUGCCUGGAAUGGACCAUGCUGGGAUAGCAACACAGGUGGUUGUGGAGAAGAAGAUAAUGCGUGAGAGAAAAUUAACCAGGCAUGAUAUUGGUCGCAAGAACUUUAUAUCUGAAGUGUGGAACUGGAAGAAUGAGUACGGGGGCACCAUACUAAAACAACAACGUCGGUUAGGUGCUUCUCUUGAUUGGUCCCGGGAGUGCUUUACGAUGGAUGAGAAAAGAUCAAAGGCCGUGACAGAGGCUUUUGUUAGGCUUUACCAGGAGGGCCUUAUCUAUAGGGAUAUACGGCUAGUGAAUUGGGAUUGCAUUUUGAGAACAGCAAUAUCUGAUAUUGAGGUGGAAUACAAGGACAUCAAAGAAAGGACUCUGUUAAAGGUUCCUGGAUAUGAAAACCCAGUUGAGUUUGGUGUUUUAACAUCAUUUGCUUAUCCUUUGGAUGGAGAAGUGGGUGAGAUUGUUGUGGCCACUACAAGAGUAGAAACAAUGCUUGGUGAUACUGCCAUUGCUGUCCAUCCUGAUGACUCAAGAUAUAGUCAUCUUCAUGGAAAAUUUGCCCUUCAUCCAUUUAAUGGAAGAAAACUUCCCAUAGUUUGUGAUGCGAUACUUGUUGAUCCAAAUUUCGGCACUGGUGCUGUUAAGAUUACUCCAGCCCAUGAUCCCAAUGAUUUUGAGGUUGGAAAGCGUCAUAAUCUUGAAUUCAUCAACAUUCUUACUGAUGAUGGAAAGAUAAAUAGCAAUGGUGGUUCUGAGUUUGCAGGGAUGCCACGUUUCAAAGCUCGUGUGGCGGUGACUGAAGCAUUACAAAAGAAGGGACUCUAUAGAGGUGCUAAAGCUAAUGAGAUGCGUCUUGGUGUUUGUUCUAGAAGCAAUGACAUUGUAGAGCCCUUAAUAAAGCCACAGUGGUAUGUUAACUGUAAUAGUAUGGCCAAGCAAGCACUUGAUGCUGCCAUGAAUGAUGAAAACAGGAAGAUUGAGAUAAUUCCAAAACAGUAUGGUGCUGAUUGGAAGAGGUGGCUCGAUAAUAUUCGUGAUUGGUGCAUUUCGAGGCAGCUUUGGUGGGGUCACCGCAUUCCUGCAUGGUAUGUUACUUUGGAGGAUGAUAUAUUGAAGGAACUUGGUGCAUACAAUGACCACUGGGUGGUUGCUCGAAAUGAGGAAGAGGCUCGAAUGGAGGCGAACAGAAUAUUUGUUGGAAAGAAGUUUCAGAUCUGUCAAGAUCCUGACGUGCUUGACACCUGGUUUUCUUCUGGUCUCUUUCCAUUAUCUGUGUUGGGAUGGCCUGAUAAUACGGAGGAUCUGAAGGCAUUUUAUCCAACUUCAGUCCUUGAAACUGGGCAUGACAUUCUCUUUUUCUGGGUUGCUCGGAUGGUGAUGUUAGGAAUGAAACUGGGAGGUGACGUGCCUUUUAGAAAGGUUUAUUUGCAUCCCAUGAUUCGUGAUGCACAUGGGCGAAAGAUGUCAAAAUCCCUGGGAAAUGUUAUUGACCCCCUUGAAGUAAUAAAUGGGAUAUCCCUGGACGGUCUGCAGAAGAGGCUGGAGGAGGGCAACUUGGACCCUGCUGAACUUGUUACUGCCAAAGAAGGGCAGGUGAAAGACUUUCCUAAUGGUAUUCCUGAAUGUGGUGCUGACGCUCUUCGUUUUGCACUUGUUUCAUACACAGCUCAGUCUGAUAAAAUAAAUUUGGACAUCCAAAGAGUUGUUGGGUAUCGUCAAUGGUGUAAUAAAUUGUGGAAUGCUGUACGAUUUGCCAUGACCAGAUUGGGAGAUGAUUACGUCCCUUGCAUAAAUUUAAUUCCAGAUAAAAUGCCAUUUAGCUGCCAAUGGAUCCUCUCCAUGCUGAACAAAGCCAUAUCUAGAACUGUGUCGUCACUUGAGUCAUAUGAGUUCUCAGAUGCUGCCACUGCAGCGUAUUCAUGGUGGCAGUAUCAAUUAUGUGACGUUUUUAUUGAAGCAAUUAAGCCUUACUUUGCUGGUAAUGAUACAAGGUUUGUCUCUGAGAGGAGUUUUGCACAAGAUACCUUGUGGGUAUGUCUGGAAAAUGGUCUGCGAUUGCUUCAUCCAUUUAUGCCGUUUGUCACAGAAGAAUUGUGGCAGCGCCUGCCUUCUGUAAGCAAUUCCACGAGGAAAGAGUCCAUUAUGAUAUGUGAUUACCCUUCAGUUGUUGAGUGCUGGACUAAUGAAAGGAUAGAACAUGAUAUGGAUCUCCUUGAGGCUGCUGUGAAAUCACUGAGAUCACUUGCUAAAGAAAGACGUGAACGGCGACCAGCAUUUAUGCUUUGCCGAACUAAUGCUAUUGCGGAGAUUAUUACCAGCCAUGAAUUGGAGAUUUUAACUCUUGCCAAUUUGUCAUCUUUUACGGUAAUAAAUGAGAAUGAUGCUGCUCCUGCUGGAUGUGCAGUGUCAGUUGUAAAUGAAAACCUCUCUGUUUAUCUUGAGCUUCAGGGAAGUCUAAAUGCGGAGGCAGAGCAUGAAAAGCUUAGGAAAAAGAUGGAGGAAUUAAAAAAGCAACAGGAGAAGCUUAGUCAGACGAUGAAUGCCUCUGGCUACCAAGAGAAGGUUCCAUCUCAUGUUCACGAAGACAAUGUAGCUAAGCUAGCCACUCUCGUGCAAGAAAUUUUGUCCUUGGAGCAAGCCAGCCAGAAACUAGAAUGUGAUAUUGCCGAUGCAGUUUCGACAAAGGCCAAAUGAUUAAAUUCAUUUUCCACCUAUUCUUCAUGAACUCUGCAAGCUCGCAGAGGCACAUUUUUGUUCUAUUAAUAUAAUUAGUUACCAUUAUUUUUAAAAAAUGGAUGGAGUAAACUGCUUUUUCUUAUACACUAGUAGUGUACUUUUAUUUCUAAGUGAUUCUAGCUUCUUUGUUGUAAUUAAUAGUCACACCGUCUAUGAUGUUUCAAUUUAAAAAAAAUUCACAUGGAAGAUUCGAAAA